UUGAAAAUAAAUCCGAAGUUCAAACUAAGUAAACUUUAUAAUAUUAGUUGGUAUGUACCUAGCAGUUCAAAUAACCUAGACAAUCACAUGUAUCCAAAAUCUUUAAAAUUUCCUUUAAGAAAAUCUAGGCAUAAAUUUCUAUUUUGGCAAUAACACUAAGACUGAAAAAUCCAACAAAUAUUAUUAUUCUUUAUAUGGAUUAAAAUAACCCAAAAAACUUGUUGAGAGCAACCUAAGACGGUCUGCACCCUCCUCAACGCAAAUGCAAGACCUAACAUUUUCUCUACUGCCCACCACCAACUGAAAUCUGUCUCACUAUAUAAAAGAAUCCUGAAGAAAGUGAAAGGGGUGAGUGGGAGAGAUUCACCAACCACCCUUUUUCUUUCUCUCUUGCAAUCUAGCUUCCUUUAUUUCCACUGCCUAUUACUUCCCCUUUGGUUUCAUCGUCUUUACUUUUUUUCUUGGAUUCUUCAAUAAAUAAGCCAUUUUUUGCAUUCCAUUUCUCAACAAUGGAUUUUUUGAAUACCCAUUUGUCCAAAACCUGAUCUUUCUUUGCUAAAGAUGAGAAUAACUGGUUGAGAAAAUAAGAGAAAGUUCAAUCAAAAAGUUUUGAUUAAUGGGUAGGCGAGAAAUUCAGAUAUUUGAUGACAAAGGGGAUAGAUUUCUCUCAAUCUCUGAUUUGGGUUCUCAAUGGAGUUUCCAAGAUGGGAACUUUCUUCCUGGUGGAGGCCUUUUCGCUAGUGUUAAUCAGAUGGGAAUGGGUUUCCCUAAUUCAAGUGACAAUAGCAGUUUGAAAUCUCUCUACAAUGAUCUGUAUGAGAAAUAUUUGUCAUUCAUUGGGGUCCAAGAGGAGGAAGGGACAUCAAAAAAGAAGACUGGUCUAAAGUUGAAAAUUAAGGUUAAAAAUCCUAUGAUGAGACGGUUAAUUAGUGGUGGGGUAGCUGGUGCUGUCUCAAGGACUGCUGUUGCUCCCUUGGAGACUAUAAGAACCCAUUUGAUGGUGGGCAGUAGUGGGCAUUCUACUACUGAAGUGUUCCAUAAUAUAAUGAAGACUGAUGGAUGGAAGGGUUUGUUUCGGGGCAAUUUGGUGAACGUGAUUCGGGUUGCGCCAAGCAAAGCCAUAGAGCUGUUUGCAUAUGACACUGUUAAUAAGAAUUUGUCACCCAAAUCCGGCGAGCAAUCUAAACUUCCCAUUCCUGCCUCAUUAAUAGCUGGGGCUUGUGCUGGAGUGAGCUCAACUUUGUGCACAUACCCACUUGAAUUGGUCAAGACCCGAUUAACCAUACAGAGAGGUGUUUAUAAUGGUAUAAUAGAUGCAUUCUUAAAAAUACUGCGAGAAGAGGGCCCUGCAGAACUGUAUAGAGGCCUAGCUCCUAGCCUUAUUGGAGUUAUUCCAUAUGCCGCAACAAAUUACUUUGCUUAUGACACCUUACGGAAAACAUACCGGAAUGUUUUUAAGCAAGAGAAGAUUGGCAACAUCGAAACCCUUUUGAUUGGAUCAGCAGCUGGAGCCAUAUCAAGUACUGCAACUUUCCCCCUAGAGGUUGCACGCAAGCACAUGCAGGUAGGAGCCGUCAGUGGAAGGCAGGUAUACAAGAAUGUAAUUCAUGCACUUGCGAGUAUACUUGAGCAAGAAGGGAUUCAGGGUUUAUAUAAAGGGCUGGGUCCCAGCUGCAUGAAGUUGGUACCUGCAGCUGGGAUUGCUUUUAUGUGCUACGAAGCAUGCAAGAGGAUACUCGUAGAGGAAGGCGAAGAGCAAUAACAGAGAAAACAAAGGAAAGAACCUAUACCUUUUUUCCCGCACUAGACUUGAAUUGAUUUUGCAGUUUUUUUUCCGUCAGUUUUUUUUUUUCUUUUUCUUUUUGCCGAGGACACAGCCAAUCACCUUGUUUGAGAAGUUAGAAAACACAUUUUAUGUUUAUGAUUUCCUCCUUUUGGCACAAAUAAUAAAUAGAAUUCACAUUUUGAAGAA